CCCCCUGCGCCUGUCGCAUUGACACAAGAGCUAGACAGGGUCUUCUCUGAAUUAACAAUAGGGCCUCGAAUUUCGGUAGCUUCAGCAUCUUCCCGACGGUCACCCGCUGCGAGCUAGCUUCCCUCUCAGCUCGCAACGUCUCUUUCUCACACUCGCUCCCACCUCAUCCAUCCUUUGAUCUCUGCACAACUAUCAGCUAGCAUCAUGGCUAACCAACGCGUAAACGUCCAUAUCCCACCCCGUCCGCCGGUCCUCGACAGCGUGCGGCUCCAGAACAUCCAGCUGACGCUUCCUGCGGCCCCGGACCCAUGGCACCGUCCUAGUAAGCCGCAGCCCUGCUCCGCAUCGCUGAACCUAUCCUAUUCCUCCGCGGUCGCCGCCGCCAUCGCCGACGAUGUCUCUCUAUCACUGGACUACGGAAAGCUCUAUCGCCGCCUGGAGGAGGAUAUCCGCAACAUCGGCAAGUCGGGCGAUGCAUCGGCGCAGCAGCUGGUCAGCAUCGACGGCAGCCGACGGGAUGAGAUGCUGGGGGCUGCGCUCGGGGAGGACGUGCGGCUGACGGCGGGGAUCGUUGCGAACUGCGGACUGGGCCUCCUCGACGAGACCGCCGCCGGUGUUCGGCGGAUGUCCCAUGUGCACCAGCACCACGACACCCGGCGCCGGAGCAGUGCGUCGGCGGGCUCCCAGGCGCAGGCCCAGGCGGCCAUCUUCGGCAACCCGUCGGCUGCCGUCGCCGCCGCUCCGCCGCCCAUCGACGCGGUGUUCGGACAGUGCGAGGUCUCGUUGCAAUUGCCCAAGGCGCUGCUCCGCGCGGAGGAAGGACUCAAAUACCGCAGUGUGACCGUCUGGGGGUACCGGCAGCGGAACGGGGCGGCUGCGGUGGACAACCUGGCGGAGGCCGAGCGGUGCCCGGUGGUGCUGGAGGAGGAGUUCCGGAUCGAUGGCAUCCGGUGCUACUGUAUCCUGGGGGUCAACUCCCACGAGCGAGUCGAGAAGCAGGCGGUCAUCGUCUCGUUGGAGUUCAAGGGCCCCGGUCAACUGCCCUGGGGGUCCACGGUGAUCAAUACCUAUCAGGCCAUGACGCGGGCUGUGGCAGAGCGGGUCGAAGCUACGAGUUUCCAGACUGUCGAGGCGCUGGCCACUUUCGUGGCGCGCAUUGUGACGAUGGAGUUUGGUAAUGAGCGAGUGACGGUGCUGGUCCAGAAGCCCAGCGCGUUGUCCUUUGUAGAACGAUCUGGGGUUCAAAUUACUCGGUCGCAAUCAUUUUUUGAGUAGGAAGGAUGUAUUGUACCUUUGUACCUCAUGUUAGGAUUUCAUUGGAUAUGGAAUUGUGCUUUUGGUUA